GAGGGUAGUUAGUUGGACAACGGCGUUGCCGAAAACGGGCCACCUCAGCUGCCGCACAAUACAUUUUUGGCCAUGUACAUAAAACAAAAGCCGUUUAAAUCAUACACAAAAUGCAAUUAGCCAGCGAGCGCACGCCACGAAAGUCAACAAACUAACUAAGCCAGUGUCAUCAACUAAAUUAGUGCAAGCAGCUAGCCGACCGGAACCGGAAAUGCCCAUUGAGCCGCCUGACAACAACCACAGCAACAAACACAAACGCAAUCACAAGCCCAACUGCAUUGGCAACGGCCAUAAAGCCGAGCAACAAAUCGCCCACACACACAUGUAGUGGCAGCGCGAGUGCGUCAGUGUGUGCGGGCUCUGAAAACCGGAAGCGGAAGUCGAGGCGGAGGAGCAGGAGGAUCGGAAGGAUCAGAAGGAUCAGAAGGAUUGGAAGGAUUGGAAGGAGGAGGAGCAGAAGCCGGAGCAGAUAGAUUAGACAGUUUUUCAUUCGCCCGCAGUUCGUUAAGGAAAAUCAUUCAAAAUUCAUCGCCUAAGCAAAGCGGAUGCCGCACAAGAGAGAAAGAGAGAGAGAGUCGCGAAUAGAUCAAUCAAUUAAUCAAUCAAAACCGAGCAUAUCAACCGAGAGGCCAAUACCACAACCAGAGAACCGAAAUCAAAGUUCAACGUUGCAUUUAAGGUGUCCGGUAGCCGAACUUCCACUUGCACUCCGUGAUUGUGUGAUUGCAUGCCGCGGAUGAGCCGCGGAUUAUGUCACGUGACGAUUAUAAUCCAGUAACUAGCUCUGGUGUGCGCAGUCCGGGUCGCGUGCGGCGUCUCCAGGAAUUGCCGACGGUCGAUCGAUCCCCAUCCCGGGACUACGGCGCUCCACGCGGAAGUCCUUUAGCAAUGGGCAGUCCAUACUACCGCGACAUGGAUGAGCCAACAAGUCCGGCCGGAGCGGGACACCAUCGCAGCCGGAGCGCCAGCAGACCACCGAUGGCCCAUGCCAUGGACUAUCCAAGAACCCGCUACCAAUCGCUGGAUCGCGGUGGACUCGUGGAUCCCCACGAUCGCGAGUUCAUACCCAUCAGAGAGCCCCGCGAUCGCUCCCGUGACAGAUCCCUCGAGCGGGGACUGUACCUAGAGGACGAGCUGUAUGGCAGAUCGGCGCGACAGAGCCCCAGUGCCAUGGGUGGAUAUAAUACGGGCAUGGGACCCACCUCGGAUCGAGCUUAUUUGGGCGACCUGCAGCACCAGAACACCGACCUGCAGCGGGAGCUGGGCAACCUGAAGCGGGAGCUGGAGCUGACCAACCAGAAGCUGGGCAGCUCGAUGCACAGCAUCAAGACCUUCUGGUCGCCGGAGCUCAAGAAAGAGCGGGCCCUGCGAAAGGAGGAGAGCGCCAAGUACAGUCUGAUCAAUGACCAGUUGAAGCUGCUCAGUACGGAGAAUCAGAAACAAGCCAUGUUAGUGCGCCAGCUGGAGGAGGAGCUGCGUCUGCGAAUGAGGCAGCCCAACCUGGAGAUGCAGCAGCAGAUGGAGGCGAUCUAUGCGGAGAACGACCACCUGCAGCGCGAGAUCAGCAUCCUGCGCGAGACGAUCAAGGAUCUCGAGUGCCGGGUGGAGACCCAGAAGCAAACGCUGAUUGCCCGCGACGAGAGCAUCAAGAAGCUGCUGGAAAUGCUCCAGGCCAAGGGAAUGGGCAAAGAGGAGGAGCGCCAGAUGUUCCAGCAAAUGCAGGCCAUGGCCCAGAAACAGAUGUACAAUAACUACACGGGCGCCAGCGGAAGCAGCCCCCCAUUGCCGGACAUUAUUGGGCAGUACUACGGGCCGGGAUCCCUGGGUCCGGGAACUCUGGGUCCGGGUCCCCUGUCCUACGGAUCGGGCAAUGGUUACGGCCCCCCCGUCGGCGGCUACGACCUGUACGGCCCAUCGACCUCCUCAUCGGCGGCAGUCGGGGGUUACGGACUGUACGAUCCGCAGAUAUACGGUCCCUGCCAGACCUCGCCGAUCCGAAGGAGGCGCUAUAGCAUCGCUGGCCUGCCCUCGGCCACCAUGUACAAUGAUGUCUACGGCUAUCCGGCACCACCGUUGCAACAGACCAGCUCCUCGAAUAUCGUUAACCUGCUGAACGAGGCACACAAGUCGAUAUCGCGCAGCUCGCAGAUCCUCAAUCUCACCAAUCAGGCCCGCCAAUUGGGCCAGCUGGUGACCACGCCCCUGGGCACCGGAGUGGGCAUGGGCCUGGGCCGAGUGGUGUCCAGCUAUCCGACCCUGCAUCCGGGUGACACCUCACCGCCCUACCUCAACGACAACCUAAUGCAGAUGUCCACGAGCUUCUCCUCGCAGCCGAACAUGUACUUCCAGCCGCAGGCGCAGGUGCCGCAAGUGCUGCCCACGCAACUGUCAGCGGCCCAGAGUGCCGCUGCGGCGGCGGCAAGACUCCGGCCGGCCUACUCGGUGACGAACCUGGUGUCCAGCUACCCGACCACGAACGCGGCGGCGACGGGCUAUGGCUGCAAGUACGGGGGCUACGGGAAUCCCUACCAGAGCGAUCUGGGCUACGGCAAUCCCUUGGCCCCCUUCCAGCAGCGCCAGCUGAUGGCCCACCAGUCGCUGCACGCCUCCAAUCCCGCCAUAUCGCAGUACUACCAGAAUCAGGGAACGGGAUCGGGAUCGGCUGCGGCACUGGCCUACAAUCUGCAGCAACAGUUUGCGGGGACGCAGCACUACGGAGGAGGAGCACAGGGACCGCCGUUGGGACACUCGCACAUCCAGGCGUCGGUGCAGCAGCAGAUGCAUCCGCAGUACCAGUACCAUGUGCAUCAGCAUCAGAAUCACCUGCAGACACAUCCAUUGGCGGCAUUGGCCAAUACGAGCGGGCCAUUUGGUGGAACGUUGGCCAGUAGUGCCAGGGAUUAUGUGGACGGACUGCAUCAUGCGGCCCACUCACAUACGCAUCCGCAUCAGCAUCCGCAUACGCAUCCGCACCACUCCUCGCAUCAUUCGCAUCACACGGCAUAUCCGCACUCGCAUUCGCACCAUCAGCAGCAGCAGCCGCAUCAAGCCCACCAUCACCACCAUCUGCCAUACUCGAAACUAGACUUAGAUUACCCGAAACUGCCGCAAGAGCAUAAGCGACAACUGGACGAAUUCCGUCUUGAAAUACAGAGAAGGGAUCAAGAGAUCCUGGCGAUGGCGGCCAAAAUGAAAACCCUAGAGGAGCAGCAUCAGGACUACCAGCGGCACAUAGCGGUGCUCAAGGAGUCGCUAUGUGCCAAAGAGGAGCACUACAACAUGCUGCAGACGGACGUCGAGGAGAUGCGCGCCCGCCUCGAGGAGAAGAACCGCCUGAUCGAGAAGAAGACCCAGGGCACGCUGCAGACGGUCCAGGAGCGCAAUCGCCUCACUAGCGAGCUCACCGAGCUUAAGGACCAUAUGGACAUCAAGGACCGCAAAAUCAGCGUUCUGCAGCGCAAGAUCGAGAACCUGGAGGACCUGCUGAAGGAGAAGGACAACCAGGUGGACAUGGCGCGAGCCCGUCUGUCGGCCAUGCAGGCCCACCACAGCAGCUCCGAGGGCGCCCUGACCAGCUUGGAGGAGGCCAUCGGCGACAAGGAGAAGCAGAUGGCCCAGCUGCGGGAUCAGCGCGACCGCGCCGAGCACGAGAAGCAAGAGGAGCGGGAUCUCCACGAGCGCGAGGUGGCCGACUACAAGAUCAAGCUGCGGGCCGCCGAGAGCGAGGUGGAGAAGCUGCAGACGCGACUGGAGCGGGCGGUCACCGAGCGGGAGCGGCUGGAGAUCAAGCUGGAGGCCUCGCAGAGUGAACUGGGCAAGUCCAAGGCCGAGCUGGAGAAGGCCACCUGCGAAAUGGGACGGAGCAGCGCCGACUGGGAGUCCACCAAGCAGAGGAUCGCCCGCCUGGAACUGGAGAACGAGCGGCUGAAACACGAUCUGGAACGUUCGCAGAUGCAGCUAGAAGAACAGACCACACUACACAAAACAACGUUUGGCAGGACCACGAUGACCACGUCCCAGGAGCUGGAUCGAGCCCAGGAAAGGGCCGACAAGGCCUCGGCCGAAUUGCGAAGGACCCAGGCCGAGCUGAGAGUCACACAGUCGGAUGCGGAAAGGGCACGUGAGGAGGCGGCCGCCCUGCAGGAGAAGCUGGAGAAGAGCCAGGGCGAGGUGUACCGGCUCAAGGCGAAACUGGAGAAUGCCCAGGGCGAGCAGGAGAGUCUGCGCCAGGAGCUGGAGAAGGCGCAGAGCGGUGUCUCGCGCAUCCACGCCGACCGAGAUCGGGCCUUCUCCGAGGUGGAAAAGAUCAAGGAGGAGAUGGAGCGCACCCAGGCCACGUUGGGCAAGUCGCAGCUGCAGCACGAGAAGCUGCAGAACUCGCUGGACAAGGCCCAGAACGAGGUCGAUCAUCUGCAGGACAAGCUGGACAAGGCGAGCACGGAGAACCGACGUCUGGUUUUGGAGAAGGAGAAGCUCACCUACGACUACGACAACCUGCAGUCGCAAUUGGACAAGGCACUGGGCCAAGCAGCCAGGAUGCAGAAGGAGCGAGAGACACUCUCCCUGGACACGGAUCGCAUACGCGAGAAGCUGGAAAAGACGCAGGUGCAACUGGGUCGCAUCCAGAAGGAGCGGGAUCAAUUCUCCGACGAGCUGGAGACGCUCAAGGAGCGCUCGGAAUCGGCGCAGACCCUCCUGAUGAAGGCCGCCCGCGAUCGGGAGGCGAUGCAAACGGAUCUGGAGGUCCUCAAGGAGCGCUACGAGAAGUCGCACGCCAUUCAGCAGAAACUCCAGAUGGAGCGCGACGAUGCUGUCACCGAGGUGGAGAUCCUCAAGGAGAAGCUGGACAAGGCGCUGUAUGCCAGCCAGAAGCUGAUCGACGAGAAGGACACCUCCAACAAGGAGUUCGAGAAGAUGCUGGAGAAGUACGAUCGAGCCCAGAACGAGAUAUAUCGCCUGCAGUCGCGUUGCGAUACAGCCGAGGCGGAUCGCGCCCGCUUGGAGGUGGAGGCGGAACGAUCCGGUUUGGCAGCCGGCAAGGCUCGCGAGGAUCUGCGUAAGCUGCAGGACGAGAGCACCCGGCUGCAGGAGGCCUGCGAUCGGGCGGCGCUCCAGCUGAGCCGCGCCAAGGAGUGCGAGGAUAAUGCGCGCAGCGAGCUGGAGCACAGUCGCGAUCGCUUCGACAAGCUGCAAACGGACAUCCGGCGGGCCCAGGGCGAGAAGGAUCACUUCCAGUCGGAGCUGGAGCGGGUCACCUACGAACUGGAGCGGGCCCAUGCCGCCCAGACCAAGGCCGGUGCCAGUGUGGAGGCGGCCAAGGAGGAGGCCGCCCACUAUGCCGUGGAGCUGGAGAAGAUGCGCGAUCGCUACGAGAAGAGUCAGGUGGAGCUGCGCAAGCUCCAGGACACGGACACCUUUGGCCGGGAGACGCGACGCCUCAAGGAGGAGAACGAGCGGCUGCGCGAGAAGCUGGACAAGACGCUCAUGGAACUGGAGACCAUACGCGGCAAGUCGCAGUACGAGUCGGAGUCGUUCGAGAAGUACAAGGACAAGUACGAGAAGAUCGAGAACGAGGUGCAGAACAUGGAGUCGAAGCUGCACGAGACCAGUCUGCAGCUGGAACUAUCCAAGGGCGAGGUGGCCAAGAUGCUGGCCAACCAGGACAAGCAGCGAUCCGAGCUGGAGCGGGCCCACAUCGAGCGGGAGAAGGCACGGGACAAGCACGAGAAACUGCUGAAGGAGGUCGAUCGUUUGCGCCUGCAACAGUCCUCGGUGAGCCCCGGCGAUCCGGUCCGAGCGUCGACGUCCUCCUCAUCCGCUCUGUCCGCUGGCGAGCGGCAGGAGAUCGACCGCCUGCGGGAUCGCCUCGAAAAGGCGCUGCAGUCGCGCGACGCCACCGAGCUGGAGGCCGGUCGCUUGGCCAAGGAACUGGAGAAGGCGCAAAUGCAUCUGGCCAAGCAGCAGGAGAACACCGAGUCCACGCGCAUCGAGUUCGAGCGCAUGGGCGCCGAGUUGGGUCGCCUCCACGAUCGCCUCGAAAAGGCCGAGGCCGAGCGUGAGUCCCUGCGUCAGUCCAGUCGAAAUGCCGGAGGAGCCGCCGGUGGUGCCCCCCAUCCGCAGCUGGAGAAGCAUGUCCAGAAGCUCGAGUCGGAUGUCAAGCAAUUGGCCGUGGAGCGGGAACAGUUGGUGCUGCAGCUGGAGAAGAGCCAGGAGAUCCUCAUGAACUUCCAGAAGGAGCUGCAGAGCGCCGAGGCGGAGCUGCAGAAGACGCGCGAGGAGAACCGCAAGCUGCGCAACGGCCACCAGGUGCCGCCUCCCGCCGCCCAGCCCGCCGGAGCCUCACCCGCCGAGAUCCAGGCCAUGCAGAAGGAGAUCCAGGCGCUGCAACAGAAGCUCCAGGAGUCGGAGCGCGCCCUGGCCGCCGCCGGACCCCAACAGGCCCAGGCAGCGGCGGCGGCAGCGGGAGCGAGUCGCGAGGAGAUCGAGCAGUGGCGCAAGGUCAUCGAGCAGGAGAAGGGACGCGCCGACAUGGCCGACAAGGCCGCCCAGGAGAUGCACAAGCGCAUUCAGCUUAUGGACCAACACAUCAAGGAUCAGCACGCCCAGAUGCAGAAAAUGCAGCAGCAGAUGCAACAACAGCACCAGCAGGCGGCGCAGCAGCAACAAUCCGCAGCAAGUGCCGGCGGAGCGGACGCCAAGGAAAUGGAGAAGGUCAAGGGCGAGCUGCAGGCGGCCUGCACCGAGCGGGAUCGCUUCCAGCAGCAACUGGAACUCCUGGUCACAGAGCUGGAGAAGAGCAAGAUGUCCAACCAAGAGCAGGCCAAACAGCUUCAAACAGCACAGCAACAAGUGCAGCAACUGCAACAGCAGGUGCAACAGUUGCAGCAGCAGAUGCAACAACUGCAGCAGGCUGCCAGUGCGGGAGCAGGCGCCACCGACGUGCAGCGCCAGCAGUUGGAGCAGCAACAGAAGCAGCUGGAGGAGGUGCGCAAGCAGAUCGACAACCAGGCCAAGGCCACCGAGGGCGAACGCAAGAUCAUCGACGAGCAGCGCAAGCAGAUCGACGCCAAGCGCAAGGACAUCGAGGACAAGGAGAAGAAGAUGUCCGAGUUCGACGUCCAACUACGCAAACGCAAGGAGCAAAUGGACCAGCUGGAGAAGUCGCUCCAGACGCAAGGAGGCGGCGCGGCGGCUGCCGGCGAGCUUAACAAGAAGCUCAUGGACACUCAGCGACAGUUGGAAGCAUGCGUCAAGGAGCUGCAAAACACAAAGGAGGAGCACAAGAAGGCGGCAACCGAAACGGAGCGUUUGCUGCAAUUGGUACAAAUGUCGCAGGAGGAGCAGAAUGCCAAGGAGAAGACCAUCAUGGAUUUGCAACAAGCCUUAAAGAUCGCUCAAGCCAAAGUCAAACAAGCACAAACGCAGCAACAGCAGCAGCAGGAUGCUGGGCCAGCUGGCUUCUUGAAGAGCUUUUUCUAAACAGUGCCCCCGAAAAACCGAAAAAUAAACACACAUCUACUGAUGCAGAUGAGGCAAAAGGAAUACACCCGUACUAUUUACCCAAAAGCGAUAAAGAAAAAACCAAACAGCAAGAAAUUACCAAAAGCACUGUCUACUAUUUUGUAUACUACCGAUGCCGAUACCAAUACCAACUAUGCAGUAUUUCUACGACUCACACACACAUACACUAUAAACACAAACACAAACACACACACACACAUUUGUAAAUGACACCAUGUAAAUGCAAUGCGAAAUGCAAAUUAUUUGAUAUUUAUGUGUAUUGUGUAAUUAGGUUGCCGCUAUACUCAAAUUGUGGAUGCAUUUAAAAGUCAGCUCGUAUAGCGUACUUUGUAAACUCUCUUAACUCUCUCUCUAACUCACUAAAUCAAUCCUUUUUCGAACUCAAACUCGAACUCAACUUAAAGUUUAUCGUUAGUCAAGACACCUUCUUAGCCCAAUUUCCCCCUUGAGAGCUUUCUGUCCUUCACUUUCUCUCUGUCGGUCGGAGCUGCAGAACGUAGACUACGUGCUCGGGCACUGCAUCCCCCUAGUCAAUCCGCUACUAUUUCCAGUAAGACCCACCCAGCCCCUCAUCAGCCAUUAGUUUACCCACUGCGCGAAUGUGAUGAAAUCGAAACGGGAAGAAAAGCAAAGGAGUAAUUGCAUUACAAUUGAAUAAGCAACUAAUUCAGUGCUGCUUUGGACCCAAAGUGCAGCAUUUACUUACAAUUAUCGACGAUAUAUAUGCUAGCCUCUGUUAUAGUUAGUUAAACAUGAACAUCAGCCUAUCAUACACCCACACAAUCACACUGUACAUAAACAUUGGCAUCAGACGCAAAACGGAAAAAGUAUAGAUACAGAUACGGAUACAAUAUGUAGAGCAAUAAAUGAUAAACCACAGAUAAUACAAAUAUGAUAUGGAUACAAGUACCAUAUAUUAAAAGUAUUUAUGUACAUGUAAAUUCUAGUUACAUGCAUUGCGAUUUAAAAAUUAUAUUGCCUAGCCCUUAGCCGUGUACCAAAGAACUAUCAAUAUAGACCCAAAAAGAGAACAGAGAACACUACCUAUCAUUCGUAUCAGCUAAUAUGGAUAUUAUCGAUAAAAAUAAACUCGAACAUCAACUACAGACAAGUGCAAUCUCUAUUUUAAUUAGUUAAAUCUACACGAUAUCCCCACGUUCCCUAGCCCCUGACAAAAUAGAUUGAGUCCAUUACGCAAGCUUUACCCAAGUCAGCUGUGAAUGCGCAUUAGUACGAGUACUUAUACAGUAGAUCGAUAGUUCCAAUAUCACUCCUAAAUGUUGCUUUUGGUUUAGAUGAAGUGCAGAAAUUGUUAUUAUAUCAGACAUAGAUGACUUAUACCCCUAUGAGGCAUAUUUACAUAGUUGCAAGUGUGUACAAACUAUAGAGUACCAUGUUUGACUAGCAUGAAAUUAGUGUUUUCAUUGAGUGCGUUUUUGUUCCCUAUUGUUUACUUAGAAGGAAGCACUAAUCGGGAAGUGGAAAUAUUACGUGAGAUAUCGUAGAACGAAGUAUGGAGUUAUCACUGCCAGUGUAAGCAAGAAUAUUGAUAGAAUGGAAAUUUAAGGUUCGUUUAAGUUUAGGGCUUAUCAUUAGAUUAUCAUUUGACUUUCGGUUACUAUAGAAAACCAACCACAAAGACAUUCAGCAAAAGACGAAGCAAAAGACACAACACAAUCAUAUCAUACAAGCCUAUAUCAUAACCCCAAGAACGAGAGGAUAGUAGACCCUAGAGGGAAACUCUUUAGCGCUUUAAAUUAUCCUCAGAUCUUUCAACGCAUACUAGAACGAAAAGGGAUCGAUUAUUCAAUUGAUAGAGUACCCCUCCACCACUUAGGUAAUCGAUUAACGACCAAGUAAACUACGAUAUAGCUGCACUCUUUGCUUUGAUUUCAGUUGUGCGAUCGUUCGAUUUGUGUACAUAAGUUAGGGUCCUCCUUUUCGCCCCAUUCUCUCGCCAAAGAAAGUUCCCCAACAAGUUCCUAUACCAGGAGCCUCGGGUUUUACGGUGCAGCUGAAGAGUAGGAAACAAUACGAGUUCGCGAGUCAAGUAACAAUUAGUAACAUCUUCAUGCUCGACAGAAGUGUACAUAAGUGUCUAGUUAUGUAAGCAUAACAGAAACUGUAUAAUAUAUGAAAGUUUACUAUAUACGAUAUAAUGUAAUCAUCAAUCUAUAUGCAGACCAUUGAGAACACGAGAACAAUUAACUAUCGACAAAUCAAACCGAACAAACUUCACCGUAGGACACAUCACUCUGGCUCCCGAAGCUAAAAACAAAUUAAACACCACGUUGACAAUACAACCACCCACAAAAAACACCUAAACACUAAAAAACCUUUAAACACAACACAUCGACACAAUUACGACCCAUUAACGAUGGAUGAAAGCCAACAUAUCUGCAUCAAGAUAGCACUAAUCUCAUCUUAACUGGGGACAAACCAGAUAUCUAUAGGAACCAACAUUUUGAAAGCGAUUUCCUAACGCUGCCAGUUAAUUUCUUGGUCACUUGGUCACUCAGUCACUUUCACCUUUGAUCUCGAUCUCGAUUUCCAGUUAUAGAAGAUGGAACGUUUGCCUUUAACUACUUAACUUAACUUACCACGUAUCGUAUUGUUAGCCUAGAUAGUCUCAAUUACAGCAGCAGCAGCAGUGACGAACAAACUGAGAAUAAGAACAUGAACUAACGGUAUAUCUACUUAUAGUACUUGCCGUAAACACUUUAAUCAUAUUAUCCCCGCCGUCGUGUACCCUACUUACAAAUACAAAUACAAGUACGAAACUAACGGAUAGCAAGGAAAGCUUCGACAACUUUUUCUAUACAAAUCUAGCGAAAAUAACAAAUGAUAAAUCAAAUGAUAACAAGCGAAACCCAAAAUCUCGAAUAAUGUAAUUUAGCAAAUUGUAAACUCAAUAUAGGCACACACACACACACAGACUCUCUAACACAGACCCGAAUAUCAGGCGAGAAAUGAUGUCAGAUUAAAUGAAUUUAUAUGGGAAAGUCUCGAUCAAAAGUCGAGCAUCACCUAUCGAUGAAUUAACCCCAGUGUGUACUUCUCUGUACAUAGACCUAUAUAUAUAAAUAUUUAUGACUAGAGCAAAGCAUACGAUAGAUGAAUAUAGGAAUAUACGGAUACAAAAACAUAUACAUAGCAAAUAUGGAAAGAGAGCGCAAAUUAUAUAGAUACUACAGCAUCAUCCAUCAAAGAUCAAGGCCGAAGAUCGUAGUCAGAGCAAAAACUUGAAUAGAGAGGAGGAGGCAGAGCAGAAGUGUAAACCCCAAGAAACCAAGUCCCCAAACCGAAUCCGAUACCGAAAUAUCCGCAGAGAAUGAGAAAAACAAACAACAAUUUCGUGUAAACAUUUUUUUAAAACAAGUUUGGUGAUCUACGAUAUUGGUAAUAAUUAUUGAUAAAUAAAAUAAAAUAAAAUAAAAGGAUAUAUAUAUAUACACAUACAUAUAUUAUACAAAUAUAUGAAGUAAAGCCUAGUACUCAGAACGACAAACUUUUUUGGAAAGUGAAAAGGUCUAAUUUUGAGACAGUGUGAUCAGUCAAUAGAUUAAAAUCACCGAUAGUUGAAUGGCCACACUGCGCUGCUGUAUUUAAAUUUUGAUUUUGACAUUAUUUCCAUUGAAACUUUGUGACCCAAACAAAUUUUGCCGAUCUGAGCACUGGACUUUAAGCAGGAGUAGGCAAAAAAGAACGGAAACAAGGGGAGGCAUACAUAAAGUACGAGUAAAUAUUUAUUAUAUAAUGUUUUUUAAGUAACUUAUAGUAAGCCAUUAUAUAUACACACAUAUAUAUAAAUUAUACAUAUAUGAAACUACAUAAGUUUACAAGGUAUAUGACAAAAAAAAACAAAACAACAAAAACAAAAUUAAGAAUCAACCACAACAACAAAGAGCAACAUAAAAGGUAAACAACAAAAAAAAACGCAACCGCAGCAACUAAACAAAGUAAACGAUUAGAGAUGAGGUGGGAAAAUAUAAUAAUAAUAAAGUAAAUAAAUUUAUUAUAUACAUACAUACAUAGAAGAAUAUUACAAAUGGGAGAAAGUCGAGCAAAAUGAAAGCGAGAUGAAAAUGAUUAUUUGAAACAUGUUCAUUAUAUAUAAAUGUCAUUACAAAUGUUCUUCAAAACUGCCUACCAAUAAAAUAUAUUUCAAAUAAUA